GUCGAAGCGUUUCCAGUCAAAAGUGGAAAAGUGAAAAUUUAUGCGGCCACAAACACAUUCAUCCUCAUUCACAUUCUUGUUAACAGCAGCGGUGUUUCGACGGUUAUUCGAGUGUACCCGUUGAGGAUGGUACGGGUGAAAGUUUUAAAUUUCGAUUCGUCGAUUUUGUACUUGCAUUCGUGAUCGCGACUCUGCCGCUUCGAAUGCCUCGCUAUUUCGUAUUUUACGCGUAAAAAUGAGCCUGGAAAUGAAGACCGAGUACAAGUUGGAGGAUAUUUGCAAGAAUUUAUUAUGCGGUGGAUUGGCCGGAAUGCUAUCGAAAACCACCGUGGCCCCAUUAGAUAGGGUGAAGAUCCUUUUACAGGCCCAUUCGAAACACCAUCGGAGCCACGGAGUCGUCAAAGGUUUGGGGCACAUUAUCACAAAAGAGGGCCCUUUGGCCCUUUACAAAGGUAACGGGGCGCAAAUGGUGAGGAUAUUUCCCUAUGCAGCCAUACAAUUUACAUCGUUCGAAAUGUACAAAAGAUACCUGGACGGUGUGUUCGGGCCCACUUCGCACAUCGAUAAAUUUUUGGCCGGAGCCGGCGCUGGAUUGACGUCCGUAGCCAUGACAUAUCCAUUGGAUACUAUCAGAGCCAGAUUGGCUUUUCAAAUAAGCGGCGAGCACGUGUAUAAAGGUAUCGUAGACGCCGCCGUGACCAUCUUCAGGGACGAAGGGGGCGUUAGGGCUUUGUAUAGGGGCUUCGCGCCUACUCUAACCGGCAUGGUACCUUAUGCCGGUCUGUCGUUCUUCUGCUUCGAAUACUUGAAAUUCGGUUGUACGAAAUACUUGCCCAGUUGGACGUGUAAUCCGUGCGAACAGAACACAGGGGGUUUGGUGUUGUCGGUGCCCGCCAAGUUGGCGUGCGGGGGGCUGGCGGGCGCCGCCGCCCAAAGCGUCAGUUAUCCAUUGGACGUUACCAGAAGGCGUAUGCAAUUGGCGAUGAUGAAUCCGGAUACACGUCAUUACGCCGACGGCAUGUUUUCGACGUUGAGGAAAAUCUAUGCGGAACACGGAAUCGUUCGGGGAUUAUACAGGGGCAUGUCGAUAAAUUACAUGCGAGCCAUACCGAUGGUGGCCGUUUCCUUUUCGGCAUACGAAUUGUGCAAGCAAUUGUUGCAUUUGGAUACGGGAAUCAAAGUUAGCGUUGGAUAAAUUCUCUUUGAUCGUUCUCGCUCUCUCUCUUUUCUAUCUUACCCUUUUAUUCUUGUCUGUAUCAUUGCAGAUUGUAGAUUAAUUUAUUUUCGUACGUAAAUUGAUUUUUUUUAUUAGUUAUUUAUAUUAGGGAAUGAUGCGGGAUUUUUGUUAUAGAGAAAUUAAUAUUGAGCUCGAUGAGGUUCUCGCUGACGGUUGUCUUGGAGUGUUUUAAACCGAUAGAUAAAUAAUUGCUCUCUGAACUGUUUUAAAUAGUCAGUGAUAGUAACUAAAAAAAUUAAUCAGAGAGGUAAUUGAUUUUUUUUUUCUAUUAAAAAAAUGGAGGUGUUUUUGAUUACGUGACUUUUGAAAUAAAAAAAACAUUAAUUUUUAAUUAAGCAUUAAUGUUUUUUUUUACUUUUAAAAUUACGGUCAAUUUCCCUUUAUACGAUUACGUAUGAAGAAAUAAUUAAUCGGUUUAAUUAGUGAUAAUUGUGUAAUUUUAAUUAUACAAAAAUUCGAAUUUUUUAUGCAGGUUAAAAAAAAAAACGGGCAAUUUUAUUUUUUGGAAUUGCGACGAUUUAUUUGUGUUUUUUUUUGUAGGAAAUGGAAAAAAAGACGUGAAAAAAAUGUAAGUCAAAUUUCCAAGUAAGGUUGUACUUGAAUUCCUUUUAUACAUUAAUUUAUAAGAGAGAAUAUUUUUUUCAAUAAUACUUAAUUAAGUUCGAAAUCCGAUAUUUUCUAGUCGCGAGUUUUUUUUUUAAUUUUCUUUUAGUUG